CCUACUCCACCCUGAAUAGGGACGUAAAAAGGGAGCGUUUCAUCCAGUCAUGAUGACUCUUGAGCUGCAUUUCUGGCGGAAGGCGGGUCACCAUUAAGUCGGUGGGAAGAGGCUGAUGAGCAACGAGGAAAAUACGCGGGAGGGAAGCGCUCCUCGGAGUUGUGGAGUGGACUCAGGCAGGGGAAGCCGGGAUAACAAGCAGCUCUCCAAUUACAAAGAAAUAAGCCCCUGGCACUCUGCGAAUCACCGGAGAGCAGAAAGGGAAGUCUGCAGCUUUCAAGGGAAGACUAGCGGGGUUCUCUCAGCGGGCGUUAGCGCCUCCAACUCCCAGCCGAAGAAACAGCGGCUUCUCGGCGUCCAGGAGAAGCGCCAAGUCAGACCCCGCACCUGCUGCUCACUCACCUUGGGCUUAUCGAAAACAGGCGGGUCGCGCUCCAUGCUGCCGCCGCCUCUGACUGCUGAGUUAGCCAGGAUUCCUGUCCACUUGGAUGGAGCCAUUAAACCAGAAACUAUUCUACACUUUGGCAAAAAAAGAGGAAUACAUCUACCUGCAGAUACAACAGACGGCCUUCUGAAACAAAUUACUUGUGAUAAACCAGGGUGUCUCACUACUUUUCUUCAAAAGUUUGAUUUGUACAUGCCAGCUAUUGCUGGUGACCGAGAAGCUAUACGAAAAAUUGCUUAUGAAUUUGUGGAGAUGAAAGCAAAGGAGGGUGUGAUCUAUGUUGAGGUGAGGUACUGCCCUCAUCUUCUUGCCAAUUGUGAAGUAGAUCCAAUCCCAUGGAACCAGAAAAAGGGAGAUGUUACUCCAGAUGACGUCGUUAACUGUGUUAAUCAAGGAUUAAAAGAUGGAGAAAAGGAUUUCAACAUCAAAGUCAAGUCUAUUCUCUGCUGCAUGCGUGACAAGCCAUGCUGGUCGCCAGAAAUACUGAGACUGUGUAAGAAGUAUUGGAACGAUACAGUGGUUGCUAUAGAUUUAGCUGGAGAUGAAUCGAUUAUUGCUGACUGUUCAGGCCACCUAGAAGCUUAUAAAGAAGCUGAAAGCUCUGGUAUUCAUCGGACUGUUCAUGCUGGAGAGGUUGGAUCAUCCCAAGUCAUCAAAGAGGCAGUCAACAUUCUUAAGGCAGAACGAAUUGGCCAUGGCUACCACGUCUUUGAGGAUGAACAACUUUACAAACAAUUGUUGGAACAAAAUGUACAUUUUGAGCUCUGUCCUUGGUCUAGUUAUCUCACUGGAGCAUGUAAAACCAGCUUCAAAGAACAUCCCGUUAAAAGAUUUAAGAACGAUGGUGCAAAUUACUCCUUGAAUUCAGAUGAUCCACUCAUUUUCAGAUCCACAAUUAACACAGACUAUAGAAUUACUCAAGAAUACAUGGAAUUUACAGAACAGGAAUUUGAGAAAUUGAAUAUAAAUGCAGCAAAGUCCUGCUUCUUGGAAGAAAAAGAGAAAAAGGAGCUUGUGUACAAGCUACAAAAAGCCUAUGGGAUGGUAAAAAGCACAGAAUUCUGAACUCUUCUGUACCAGGCAUCAGUUUGUUUUCUUGACCAAUGUUAUGCUUGCCCAAAGUCUUUGUUUUGCUUCUUGGAAGACAAUAAGCAAACUUCGUAUUACUCUUGUUUACUCUUAAUAACUACCGAAUGUACAAAACAGUAUUCUUAUGAUGGUAGGUACCAUGAGUUUAAUUUUUUUAAAAAAUUUUAAAUGGAAUGUAAGCUGCUCAGACAUCUAGAGAUUGGAAAUAGGGAUACAUUUAUUGCAAUUACAUUCACUUAAGUUCCAUCUCUGGUACGCCAAAUCUGCAGGCCAUUUAUUAUUUCAAAACUUACCAGUAGGUCAAAUAAACUAUUUAUUUGAAACAGCAGUCAAAACCUAUCUCAGACAUUUUUAAAAUAUUUUUUUUUAAAAAUAAUCUGCCUCACUAAAUUAUCUACAAGUGAUGUCUUUUGUGCACUCCUACUUUAACAAAAGGGAGAAAGAUCAUAAGUAUUGUUAAGAUUGAUUUUUUUUAGAAAAUCAUAUUGUGCUCAUAAAUCUCAGAAAAACAAACAUACUUUAUCAUUUAAUUUGAUUAUAGACGGAUCUUAUUUCUCUACUUUAUUUUACUUACACUGAAUAGUAGUUCAUGUUUUUUUGCCAUUUCGUUCAUUUCAAUGGUAUCAAAAUAUAUUUGACCCAGUGAAAGUUGUAUGGUAGAAAUUCUCGUAAUGCUGAUUCAACAUUUGCCUUCUCAAAAACCGGUCUUGCCUAAAAUGUCUUAUGCUGGAGAUGUGCCAUGGGAAAAACAGUAUUUUAAAAAAUAGAAUUGCAUAGAAUUUCUGUUCUUAUAGGGAUUGUAUAGAAAUGCAAAUUUAAAGUUUGUAUUCUAACCUAUUCACUGAGCCAUUUGUAUUUUUCUUAUCUGUACUAUAUGUUUAACUGGGAAUUAUGUGAUUUAACUAUAGCAUACUGACACUUUUGUUUAUUUUUUGAUUGUUGAGCUAACAGAAAGGCAACAUUAUCUAAUGGUGCUCAGUUACCUUGUUUUAACU